AUGUCUGCAAAUUGGGCAAGCGUCGCCGACGAAGACGCGUCAUCCGCCGCGUCUGACUGGAGACCCGACGUGCCGGCGGUGUCGUCGGCGCCCUCUGCUCGAUGCAGCCACGUGGACGCGCUCUCCGUCUCGCGGGCGGAGACCGGGCUGCAAGAGGCGUCGUCGGCGAGAGGCGCAACGUAG